GAAGUGGUUUCAUUGUGAUCUCGGGCUGCCGGCGGGAAGCAUCUCCGUGAGCUCACGAGCUGCGUUCUGUUGGUGGUCGGAAAGAGCAGAAAACACGCAGAAUACUACGUCACAGAAUACUACAUAGUAGUACGUCACAACACAUCUUGGAGGUACUCGUACCUGUCGGUGACUUUGACGCCUCCCGUCUCGACCAAUGGGAGACAGCGAUGACGAGUUCGACCGGAGGAGGCGGGACAAGUUCAGGAGAGAGAGGAGCGACAUGGAGCGGUCGAGAGAGAGGGAGGAGAGGAGGAGGGACGACUGGCCCGACAGGGACUGGGACCGAGGCAGAGACAGGAGGCGGGACUACGACCGCGGGCGCAGAGAGAGGUUUUCUCCCCCCCGACACAUCAGCCCUCAGCACAAACGCAUGAGGAGAGACUGGGAUGACCACCGGGGGGAGCCGUACCGCUACGACAUGCCCUACGGAGGGGGCGGGCCUCCGUUUCCAGGGGCGGGGCCUCAGGGCUGGCACCCCGACAUCCCCCACCUGCACCCGCACCACGGGGGGCACCCGCUGCAGGGCAGGUUGGGGAUGGUGGACCCAGACCUCCCUCCACCUGGACCCCCCACCAUGAGGAGUUUCAAGGACUUCCUGUUGAACAUGGAGGACAGCGUGGACGAGACGGAGUCGGUGAAGCGCUUCAACCAGUAUAAGCUGGACUUCCGGCGGCAGCAGCUGCAAGACUUCUUCCUCCAGCACAAGGACCAGGAGUGGUUCCGGUCCCGGUACCACCCCGAUGACAUCACGGCCCGGGGGGCGGAGUCUCUGGCCGCCCUCAAGACCCGGCUGGGCGUCUUCCUCUUCCUGCUGGACAACAACUGGCUGGACAACAUGGCGCUGGACAUGGAGCACGCCCCCCCCAUCAUCAAGCUGCUGGACGCAGCCGUGAUAAAGAUGGAGGGUGGGACAGACCUAGACCUGCAGGUCCUGGAAGUGCCGACUGCUGCAGCUGGUGGGGAGCCGAGCAGCAGUGGAAGAUCAGCACCAGGAGGAGGAGGAAGAGGAGGAGCAGGAGGAAGAGGAGGAGGAGGAGGAAGAGGAGAAGACGGUGGUGAGAGGAGUCAGGGAGAUCACAGCGGAGGAACCGUGAGCCGUCAGACCGACUCAGAGACGACCGGAGAGAGCCCCGUCAUCAAGAAGGACGGCAAAGAGGAGGUGAAGCAGAACGGAGAGGAGAAGGACGAAGGAGAGGAGGAGGAGGAUGAGGAGGGAGAAAAGAAAGAUGACGAGGAAGAGGAGGAGGAGGAGAAGACGACCGUGAAGAAAGGCAGGAAGAGGAAACGCAGCGUGUCAGCUGACAGCGGCGAGGGCAGCGCCUCCGAAUCUGACUCCUCCCACUCCGAGGGAGAGAAGGAUGAGGAGAAGGAGGAAGAGGAGGAGGAGGAGGAGGAGGAGGAGGACGGCGAGGACGAGCCAGAGCGUCAUAAGGAGAGAGGGAAGGAGAGGGGGAAGGAGAGAGGGAAGGAGAGGGAGAAGGAGGCUCCAGCUAAGCCCCGCCCCCUCCACCUCACCACAUCUUUGUUCAUCCGGAGCAUCCCACCAGAAGUAUCCAAGGAGGAGAUCACGGCUUUGUGCCGCAGGUACCCUGGCUUCCUGCGGGUGGCGCUGUCGGACCCUCAGCCAGAGAGGAGGUUCUUCAGGAGGUGCUGGGUGACCUUUGACCGCAGUGUGAACAUCAAGGAGACGUGCUGGAACCUUCAGAACAUCAGGCUCAGGGACUGCGAGCUGUCCCCGGUGGUGAACAGGGAUCUGUGCCGCCGCGUGCGCAGCGUGAACGGCCUGACGCACCACCGGCCCGUGGUGAGGAACGACAUCCGGCUGUCAGCCCGGCUGGUGCACGGCCUGGACCAGAAGGGGGCGCUGUGGGCCGGACAGAUGGAGACCAACCCCGUCCUGAAGAACAUCACAGAUUACCUCAUCGAGGAGGUGAGCGCUGAAGAGGAGGAGCUAAUGGGGACGUCAGGGGGCGGAGUCGACGACGCCAAAGACUCCUCCGAGGUCGCCGUGGAGACCGACGACAAGCUGCUGAAGGUGCUGGACAGGCUGCUGCUCUACCUGCGGCUGGUUCACUCAGUAGAUUAUUAUAACUUCUGUGAAUAUCCAGCGGAGGACGAGAUGCCUCAUCGCUGUGGACUCAUCCACGUACGAGGCCCCCUACCUGUAGCCAGGAUCACUGCAGCUGAAGUGGGGGAGCACCAGAGGAUGUGUGAGGAGCGUCUGGCUCCUCUUCUUUCUCCUUCUGAGACUCUGAGUGAAGACGACGCUGCACGACUCGGGAGGAAGGAGCCGGAGCAGGAGGUGGAGAAGUUCUUGUCAUCCAACACUCAGGAGCUCAGUAAAGACAAAUGGCUCUGUCCUCUGAGCGGGAAGAAGUUCAAGGCUCCAGAGUUUGUCCGUAAACACAUCCUGAACAAACACGGGGACAAGGUGUCGGCCGUCAGACAGGAAGUGGUGUUCUUCAACAACUUCCUGCUGGACGCCAAGAGACCCGCCCUCCCUGAGAACAAGCCCCUCCCCCCGCCGGCACAGGCCACGCCCCCUGGGAUGACAGGGUUUCCUGGUCAGUCGCCACAGCAGCAAAGCCUUCUGGGAUAUCCUCCUGGAGUCAGACCCCCCAUGCCCGGCUUCCCUGGUGGAGGACCCCCCUUCCCCCCCAACCAGUUUGGGGCAGGCCGUGGUAACUAUGACAACUUCAGAGGUCAUCAAGGAGGAGGAGGGUUUCCAGGGAAACAACGAAACAACAACAACAGGGGCGUGCGAGGAGACCCCCGGCCCAUCAUCGAGUACCGAGACCUGGACGCUCCGGACGACCUUGACUUCUUUUAGUGGAACUGGAUGUUUUUUUUUAUCCUUUAUUUUAUUGCUAUUCCUACAUUUCUCAUGAUGCCUUUCACCGAGGCUGUGUGUGUGUGUGUGUGUGUGUGUGUGUGUGUGUGUGUGUGUGUGUGUGUGUGUGUGUGUGUGUGUGUGUGUGUGUGUGUGUGUGUGUGUGUGUGUGUGUGUGUGUGUGUGUGUGUGUGUGUGUGUGUGUGUGUGUGUGUGUGUGUGUGCAGGACCAACGUUAUUAUUCAUGAUCUGACACUUUCCAAUAAAGAUACAGAAAACUGA